CAAGAACCUUAUAGAACUAUACCUAAAAAAUUAAGAGAUUAUGGAAGUAAACACGCUUCCAGAAUUUAUGGUGAAUCUAACCACCUUAAUGCGAGUGAUAAUUAUGCUAUGGAUGAUACUGAGUCAGAAGACGAUGGUCCUGAAGAUGAGCAUAAUUUAGAUCUGAAAUCAGAGUCUACAGAAAAUGAUGAAAUAUCUG